UACAGCAAGAGGUGGGGAUCAAACCUACAACCUUAGAAUACACAGGCAACAACUUCAACCACUACACUACCAGCUGCAAUUUCAUAGUGGACCCUUAUUUUACUGAAGUCAAUACUUGAUUCAAGGGUAAUGCAGCAGGGCACUACCUAGGACUUGAACCAACAACCUUCAAGUUACAAGUUGGUGUUCCAAACUACCAUAGGUCAAAAUGUACAAUUGCUGGUUGACUGAGCGAAGAGAUGAAACUGAAGCCACUUUGGGUGGCUGAGAAUCCCUACCAUCAGUGCAGGGAGGUGUAGAGUCAGGUGUCGAGGAGACAGAACCAAAUUCCUCUGGAGGGAGAGAGAAAGGCACAUAACAGCAAUGCUACAGUUAUGGUGCAUUUUGCUUCCUACUGCAGCGUUGCCUUGGAAAAGAGUAAAGUUAUGACAGAGAUAAGUCACAGUGCGGAGGUUUGACACAGGCCAUUACAAGGGAAAAACGGCAGCUGAACUGCAAAUUCUCACACCAUUAACUGAAUUCUAAAGCAGCAUUCGGGAUGACAGUCCACAGCGGGCAGCGGCCUCAUCCCCCCGCUCAGAUAGGGACGUCCAGGCAAAUCCCAGCCGAAGAGAUAAGACAAACAAUUCGCAUGAAUAUUCUUAAGUCAACUCCAACCCGAGAGGACAAUUACUGCACGCAAAGCAGGGCCAGAAAUAGACGGAGUUCAGAAUCACCGGUCCGUGACAUUUCCAGGAGCGCGCCAGAACACCAGCAUCACAGCUACUCCAGCAUCCCUCUCUGCCGAGUUCGUUGUCCAGGCAAAAUACCGUAGUUACACUCACUGGCCUGGGAAACAAAAUGGUUGCCCACUAUUAAAAAUACCCGCAGUGAGUCUAUGGGUGCUGGCUGAGUAUGAAAAAUGAAGUAAUCAGAUCUCUACAGUUAAAUUAUUCAUGCAUAAAUGCUGCGGAUCGCCCAGGUUUUGCCAACGUGUUUGAUUCUUUACGCAAGUUGUGUCUGUGCCAGCUGCCCACUGGACUGCAUCGUGGUGUGGGAGGCUAAUGUUCAUGAAAACUAAUGUGUGAACUCUGCACUAAACCCUCCCAUCCCUGGGCCUGCUGCGCUGAGUAGAAGAGGCGUCAAAAGCAGUUGCCACGAAGCCACUAAUAAAUCAACCAGUUUUGAUGGAGGUUCCUGAAACUGCAAUCAGUGGCCCCGGUUGCAUUUAAAUGCAGCCCAGCUGAAUGCGGCGCCUUUAGUCAGGCGACACCGCGGGGGUCCGAGUGACGGCACCGUGGAAAAGGAGCGAGCGACUCGCAGAAAUGACACGUUGCCCCAGCCCCUCGUCCUCUCGCAUCAGCAUCCGCACGUAGACAGACACACGCUCCGACACAGACACGCUCAGGAGAACGGACGCCGAAGCGGUGGCCCCUGCACAUUCACCGCUGUUGUGGUCCCGCCCAUCCCCAUGUGUUUAUCACAAAGCAUGCUCCCGUGAAGACAGAGAGACAGGCGGAGGAUGAUCGUCAACAGCGGCUGCAGAGACGGACUGAAAGCCGGACAUCAGACAGACAGGGGAGCCCAGGGGCUGGGUAUGUCCAAGGGGGACGAGGAGGAGGAUGAGGAGGAGGAGGCCACGCCAAGCCCUUACCUGGAGCGGCCCAUCUUGGACAAGAGCAUGGCAGAAGGCAGCACCAAGAAGGGAAUUAACUAUGCUGUGGGCAGCAUGCAGGGCUGGCGUGCCCACAUGGAGGAUGCCCACACCUGCAUCCCUGAGAUGGAUGGAGAGCUGUCCAGCUGGGGCUACUUUGCUGUGUUUGACGGGCACGCCGGGAGCACCGUGGCAGAGUACUGCUCACAUCACCUGCUGGAUCACAUCUUGGCCACAGGGAUGAUAAAAGAGGAGGAAAACAAGGUGGAAGUGAUGGAGGGGAUUCGUGAGGGCUUCCUGCGAAUCGACAAACACAUGCACACCUUGUCGCGUCAGGAGAAUUGGGACCGCAGCGGCUCGACCGCAGCUGCUGUCAUGCUCUCGCCCCAAAACAUCUACUUCAUCAACUGUGGCGACUCACGGACACUCCUGUGCCGCGACGGUCAAGUCUGCUUCUACACAGAGGACCACAAGCCCUGCAACCCACGUGAGAAGGAGCGCAUCCAGAACGCAGGCGGCUCCGUCACUCUGCAGAGGGUCAACGGCUCCUUGGCCGUGUCCCGGGCGCUUGGGGACUUUGACUUCAAGGAGGUGGAGUGGCGGAAGCAGACGGAGCAGCUUGUGUCGCCAGAGCCGGAGGUGUGCGAGCUGGAGCGUUCGCCAGGAGACGAGUUCCUGGUGGUGGCUUGCGACGGGGUGUGGGACGCCCUCGACAACGAGGAACUAUGCGCCUUCGUGCGCAGUCGGCUGCAGGUCACCGAUGACCUACGGGAGGUGUGCGCCCAGGUCAUUGACCUCUGCCUCUACAAGGGCAGUUUGGACAAUAUCAGCAUUAUCAUCAUCUGCUUCCCUGGUGCUCCUCGGGUGUCACCUGAGACUCUGCAACAGGAGGCUGCCCUGGAGGAGCUUAUUGAGAAGAAAGUAGAAGAUGUUUUCCGGGUGAUACGAUCAAGAGAUAAAGACCCUGACCUGUUGUAUGUAAUGAGAUUUGUGGCCUCAGAAGACAUACCUGGUCUACCACCAGGUGGCGGCAUCACUAGCAAGCGGGACUGUGUUAUAGCUGCUUAUCAGAAGCAGAUGGCAUCCUACAGACCGCAGGAAUUCAUGGAUAUCAGUGGCUCGGAGGACUCCAGCUAGAGGCAGUUCCCAUGGAAACAAAAUCUUCAGCCUUGCAUCUCCAUAGUGACAACUCUAAAUUAGCCAAAAAAGAGGGACUCUGGCUGUUAGUGUAUAGUCCCACCACUGGUUUAAAAUACAGAAAAUGAAAGGCAGAAUGACCCAAGUCAAUAAAUAGGUACCAUCCUUUCCCACCGACA